GCGCUGUGCUGGGUGCGACCACGGAAGUGUCUUGCGCUUUCUUUUGCUUGUCGUGUUUCUCAAAUAUUGUGGAUCGGGGACGUUAUUUGUGAACUGUGAAAAUGCCGGCCUACCAUUCAAGCCUGAUGGAGCCUGAUGUCAAGCAAAUUGGCAACAUGGCAUUACUGCCCCUCAAAAUGCAGUUUAAGGGUCCAGCCCCCAGAGAAACCAAAGAAAACGACAUCAUCGAAGAAGGCAUCUACUAUUUUAAGGCCAACGUGUUCUUCAAGAACUACGAAAUCAAGAACAAAGCAGACAGGACUCUGAUUUAUGUGACUCUGUACAUUACCGAAUGCCUGAAAAAGCUGCAGAAGUGCAGCUCCAGAAAUCAAGGAGAGAAGGAGAUGUACACACUGGGAAUUACUAACUUCCCCAUUCCUGGAGAGCCUGGCUUCCCGCUCAACGCCAUGUACGCCAAGCCGAGCAACAAGCAGGAGGAAGAGACAAUGAGGGCAUAUUUACAGCAAAUUAGCAAGGAGACUGGCUUAAGGCUGUGUGAAAAAGUUUUUGACCCCCAGACAGAUAAACCUAGCAAGUGGUGGAUGUGCUUUGUGAAGAAGCAGUUUAUGAACAAAAGUCUGUCCGCCCCAGGCCAAUAAAUCAACAUCCAAACCCAUUGUUCAUUAUUUGGAUUGUAUUAU